GCAAGCGUCCCCAGCAGUCACGAACACUUCCCGCUCAGGCGAAGCGGCAGCGCCCCCACGUCCCCCAACACCAAGCGUGGGGCGGGACGCACGCGCAGAAGCCGCCUCCUGACCGCGGCGCCUUCUGGGAGUUGUAGUAUGGGAGCCGAGGAAUCUCAUUUAUCUUAAAUAUGAGUUCCAACAGAGUCCAAAUGGCUUGAGUUGUUGGGAGUCAACUGCAGAGCUAGUCAAUCAACAGCUUUAUUUGACUUGUUGCUUAAAAGAAUAUUGGAGGACACUCUGGACCUGCUAUAGGAAGAAGCUAUUCCUCCUUUUAUGAUGGAUGAAAAAUGAAUACAGCUACAAGAUGAAUAAAUAGUCCAAUUAUAUUCAGGGUUCCCAGUGCCGAUUCCGACACUGUGAAGAGGCCCUUGGCAGUGACACUGUGUGCUCAUUAUGGAGAGAGGGAAAAUGUUUAGAUCCACUUUGCAGAUUUAGACACAUGGAAAUGCAGCAAAACUGCAGCAUUUCAUGCUUCUGGGAAACUCAACCUCUUGGUUGUGUGAAGAUCAGUUGUAUCUUUUAUCACAGCAAACCUCGCAAUAUCAAUGGAUUAUUUUUGCCACCAAGUAGCAAUAUCACACCACAGAAAGAAACUCAGGAAGGAAUUCCACCCCCGACCCAGAGUCAGGAACCCCUGAAACCUCAGGAGAAUAUAUCACGACCCAUUCACCAUCCUUUAGUUUUAAAAACUAACUUUGAGGAAGAAGAGGAGGAAGGAGAUGAACAAAAUGAUGCUUCUAGUUUAUGGACAAAGACUCCUGAAGAAAUUGAAGAAAAAAGAGCAAUAAAGGAGAUGUGUUAUAAAUCUGGUGAAUACUACAGAUUUCAUACUCCUCCAGAUAUUUCAUCAUCAAAAAGCAUAGCCUCUACAGCAGACAAAGAGUUAGAAAAGCCUUUGGAAAAUGGCAGUGAAUUGCAAGAAGGGGAUGGUCUUACAGUUCCAACAAAAUUUAGCCUAUUUGAAAGGCAAGGUGAGAUAAAAGCAUCAUUGGAUAGGAAACCAAGGACUGACAUUGCUGCUUUUGAAAAUGGAGGAGGUGACUGUUAUGUUCCACAGAGGAUCAUAUUUCUUGGAGUAGAUGAAAAUGAAGGUUUAACAGAAGAGAAGGAAAUCACCAUGUCAAAAUGUUCAAAUAGAAAAGACAAGGACAGUCCUCAUCCAAAGCGCUCCUUACCUACCCGACUAGUACCUACAACGCAUGUAUUAAAUGCUACUGAGAAUAUCAGUAUGAAGCGCAGAGAGGACCCCUCUUCAAUGAAUGAUGUCCAGCCAGUGAGGAAGCCUCACUUUAAAGGUGUGAAAAAAAGAAAAUGGAUUUAUGAUGAACCAAAGAAUUUUCCUGGCCCAGGAAUGCGGAGAGCAGUACAGGCCCCAAAUCCCAAAAAUAAAAUGAGUUACCAUCGCAAUAAUAAAAACAGAAAUGCUGAGAAUGCAUCCUAUAUCCACGUUCAGAGAGAUGCUAUCAGGACCGUCUCACUGAGUGCACCCCCCCGCAGCAGGCCCACAAAUGGGUCCUACAAUAAAGUCGAUGUUAACAAGGAACCCAAAUUCAGCCUCUGUCCAGAUAAAUAUAUGUCAACAUCAUAUAAUGGUUCAGCCUGGCGAAAAAGAAUUCCUUUUUCAAAAACAUAUUCAAAAACUGAAAAGAUAUAUACAGAGCCAAGAAGAAAUGGGAGCAAGUAAAUCUGGAGGUUGAGAGAAGAGGAAAAAUGAGAAAAGAGAAAAGUGCCAGAUAUCAUCUGAUUUACAAUCAAAAAUGAAAAUUCAAAGAAUGAGAUAUUUCAAGUACUCCAUACUAUAUACUGGGUAGCCAAAGAUGAUAAAAUGCAGAUUCUGAAAAUAAGAUGCAGGAAGUA